UCGAGCUGAUUUCCUUCAAAAUUUUGAUUUCGUACGAAUCUCCAGUUUCACAUCAGCAAUUGAGAAAUGAAGCUGAAGAUCAACAAAGCUUGCGAUCUUAGCUCCAUAUCUGUUCUUCCUCCUCAGUCCAGGAGAUCGAGUGUGAUUUCAAGCGGAUUAGACACUUCUGCAAUACUUGGAGGAAGCCAAACAGCGUCAAAGCUUCAGCUACAGCCGCUGCAACACUCACAGCGUUCGCUUUCUCAAGGAGUUUCAUCUCAGCACCUAUCUCAGUUUUCACAGAAUUCUCAAGGCGAAGGUCUCCUUAACGAGAAAAUAGGGUCUCAAGAAAGAGAAAAUUCAAUCAGAAGGACGUCUUACUUACCUCCUAUGAGCCACACACAAGAAGAGAGUGGAAUGAUUGUAUCUAGAGCUUCUAACAAUGUGAUGCGCAAGUGGUCCAGUCAAGAAUACAAAUGUCAGAACAGUGAAGAACUUGACAACAGAAUUGGAAUGAUGGAAACUUCAUUAAGCAGGCUUGGAAUGAUUUUAGACUCUGUUCAAAAUGACAUCAUGCAAGUGAACAAGGUUACAAAAGAAGUGGCAUUAGAGAUGGAAGGUGUGAGGCAAAAAUUGAUUGUUCAUGAAGACUCAGUGCACUCGAUAAGCAGGGUACAAGAAGACAUCAAAACUCAACUGGACAUGGGCUUGAAAUCUGUAACUGAUCAGCUCAAGCAGAUUAUGAACCAAGAGAUGUUGGGAGAUGUAGUCUCAAUGCUGUCAUCCUUAUCGGAGAAAAUCGACACGCAACUACACAAGUUUCAAAAUGAACUUCACAACAAAUUCUGUAAAGAAAUUCAGGAAAUUUCUUCCAAUAUAAAGAUGUCCCAACAAAGACAAUCAACUUCUUCUGCCCAGAGACCAAAGGCUGUCACUUUCCAUGCUUCUCCUGAGAAAUUUCAAUUUCUAAGCAGUUCAACACGAGUUUCAAAAGCAAAACAAACAAGGCUAGCACCAAAGGUUGAAAUGGGAGGCUGGACAUUGGUAAAGCAAGAGCAAGCAACAACUAAAUAUGGAAAUCUUUAUAAGCGGAACAAUCAUAUGAAAAGUCCACCAAAUCAAUCGGAACGCCAAAUUGUCAUUGAUUCAGACGAGGAAUGCUUUUCCUGCUUGUAUACAAAAAAUGGAACAGGAAUGGAUGAAUAUUCGACAGAGGAAGCCAUGGAAGAAACAGCGCGGAUCUUAAGGAAAGCAAGGAGGAAAAGGAGAAAAUUUCGCAAUACCAUCAUCAUAAACUGAAGGCAUGCUCUACAUAUGACAUGGAAGAAACUCAAAUAAUGCUCGGCACGGCAGGACAUUUUCCGGAUCGUUCACUUGUGACAGAGGAGACUCUAUCAAACUUAUUCUCUAGCCACAACAGGUUUGCUUCAUUCCCAAAUUCCAUUACCUUCCAUGGUUUCAU